AUGGAUAAUGGUCUUAAUAUCAAACUUUGUGAAGGUGUUUUACAAUCACCCGAUGAGGUAUUAAAACAGUUAGAAAAAGAUAUUGUUUAUUUACCUAAAGAGAAUUCUCAAAUACGUGCUAAAGGAAAAUCUUUUCCGAUUCCCCGAGAAAUUGCUGCUUUUGGAGAUCAAGGACUUACAUACACGUUUUCAGGUAUGAGUAUUUCAUGUCAGCCAUGGACCCCUCUACUGUUUGAAAUCAAGUCUUUAGUCGAACAUUUGAGUGGUGCGAAUUUUAAUUUUGUACUUAUCAACCGAUACAAAGAUGGUAAUUCUUGCAUUGGACAACAUAAGGACAAUGAACCAUCUUUGGAUAGUAAUCAUCCUGUAUGUUCCCUGAGUUUGGGUGAAACGCGGACUAUAGUAUUCAAGAGGCAACAAUUUCAGGAUUAUAGACUAGAACUGGUGAAUAAUUCUUUACUAAUUUUAAGCUCCCCAACAAAUGAACUUUGGACUCAUGGAAUACCUCGUCAAAAAGAACGAAAAGGUGUUCGA